AUGCCCGGUUGCCCACGGCUGGCGCUGCUCUGCGCGCUGCCCUGGCUCCUGAGGGCGGGGGUCCCCGGCCACCCAGCAGAGCCCUUUGCCCAGUCUACAGAGCUGCUCCAUGAUCCCCGCGACCCCGCCAGGGCCGCCGACUUUGAUCACAUCUACAACGGGGUGGUGAACCUCAGCACCGAGCACAUCUACUCCUUCAACCACACCAGCCACCCUGGCCAGGUGACAGCAGUGCGCGUGCACGUGAACAGCUCCUCUGAGAACCUGGACUACCCAGUCCUCGUCGUGGUCCGCCAGCAGAAAGCAGUGCUGUCCUGGCAGGUUCCUCUGCUCUUCCAAGGACUAUACCAGCGGAGCUACAACUACCAGGAAGUCAGCCGCACUCUUUGUCCAUCAAAAGCAACCAAUGAGACGGGCCCUCUGCAGCAACUGAUCUUUGUAGACGUAGCAUCCAUGGCUCCCCACGGUGCCCACUACCAGCUGCUGGUCACCAAAAUCAAACACUUCCAGCUCCGGACAAAUGAAGCCUUCCACUUCACUGCCAGCCCCUCUCAACCUCAGUAUUUUCUAUACAAAUUUCCUGAAGACGUGGACUCCGUUAUCAUUAAGGUGGCGUCUGAGAAGGCUUAUCCUUGUUCAGUUGUCUCGGUUCAGAACAUCAUGUGUCCAGUGUACGAUCUGGACUAUGACGUGGAAUUCAAUGGCAUCUAUCAGUCCAUGACCAAGAAAGCUGCCAUCACGCUACAGAAGAAGGAUUUUCCAGAUGAGCAGUUCUUCGUGGUGUUUGUGAUAAAACCUGAAGACUAUGCGUGUGGGGGAUCAUUCUCCAUCCAGGAAAAUGAAAAUCAGACCUGGAAUCUACAACGAUCAAAGAACCUGAAAGUGACCAUUGUCCCAUCUAUCAAAGGAUCUGUGUAUGUGAAAUCCAGUCUCUUCAGUAUAUUCAUCUUCUUGGGUUUCUACUUGGGAUACCUGCUCGCUGUGUUAUUUCAUCAUGUCAGGUUUCAGAGGAAAUCCAUUGAUGGGAGCUUUGGUUCCAGUGACGGAAAUAUGGCUGUAUCACAUCCCAUCACUGCCAGUACACCGGAAGGGAGCAACUAUGGGGCAAUAGAUGAGUCGAGUUCCAGUCCUGGAAGACAGAUGUCUUCCUCCGAUGGUGGGCAGCCAUGCUACUCGGACACGGACAGUUCCGUGGAGGAGAGUGACUUCGACACCAUGCCAGACAUUGAAAGUGACAAAAACAUCAUCAGGACCAAGGUAUUCCUGUACCUGUCGGAUCUGUCCAGAAAGGAUCGGAGAAUUGUCAGCAAAAAGUCUAAGAUUUAUUUUUGGAACAUCGUCACCAUCGCUGUGUUUUACGCUCUGCCCGUGAUGCAGCUCGUUAUCACCUACCAGACGGUGGUAAAUGUCACUGGCAACCAAGACAUCUGUUACUACAACUUCCUCUGUGCCCACCCCUUGGGCGUUCUGAGUGCCUUCAAUAAUAUUCUCAGUAACCUGGGCCACGUGCUCCUGGGCUUCCUCUUUCUGCUGAUAGUGUUGCGCCGAGACCUCCUCCAUAGAAAAGCCCUGGAGGCUAAAGACAUCUUUGCCAUGGAGUACGGGAUUCCCAAGCACUUCGGGCUCUUCUAUGCCAUGGGCAUUGCGCUGAUGAUGGAGGGUGUCCUCAGUGCUUGUUACCACGUCUGCCCGAAUUACUCCAACUUCCAGUUUGACACUUCCUUCAUGUACAUGAUUGCGGGCCUCUGCAUGCUGAAGCUCUAUCAGGCCCGCCACCCAGACAUCAAUGCCAGCGCCUACUCUGCCUACGCCUCCUUCGCUGCAGUCAUCACACUUACGGUCCUCGGAGUGGUGUUUGGGAAAAAAAAUGAUUUUUGGUUUGGGCCAUUCUUCUCUGUAGUCCAUAUCUCUGCUUCUCUGGCCCUCAGCAUGCAGAUCUACUACAUGGGCCGAUUCAAGAUAGAUCUAAGGAUCUUCCGGAGGGCUGUUAUGGUGUUCUACACGGACUGUGUCCAGCAGUGCUGCAGACCUCUCUAUAAGGACAGGAUGGGGCUGCUCAUUGCAGGGAAUCUGGUUAACUGGUCCUUUGCCAUCUUUGGACUGUUGUGGCGGCCCAGGGACUUCGCAUCCUACGUGCUGGGCAUCUUCAUUUUCAACCUGCUGCUGUACCUGGCUUUCUACAUCAUCAUGAAGCUCCGCAGCUCCGAGAAGAUCCUCCUACUACCACUCUUCUGCAUCGUGGCCACCGCGGUGGUGUGGGCUGCGGCCCUGUACUUUUCUUUCAGAACCUCAGGCAGCUGGGAGGGAACCCCAGCAGAAUCCCGGGAGAAGAACCGAGAGUGUGUGCUGCUGGACUUCUUUGAUGGCCACGACAUCUGGCACUUCCUCUCUGCGACUGCCCUGUUUUUCUCACUUCAGGUGUUGCUGACCCUGGAUGAUGACCUGGAUGUGGUUCGCAGAGACCAGAUCCCUGUCUUCUGAGCCUCCAGCAUCACAGCGGGGAGAAGGCCCAAUUCACUUUGGUGCUGUUUCGUGGGCAAUGUGACCACAGCAGCAUGUCCACUGCCAGACACUCCACUGGGCUCUGGGGAGUCGACUGUGUCUGCAUUCACACAGGAAGGCUAGAACUUGGGGUGAGCUGCACCCCGAGAAGAAGGGGAGAAGGGAAGGCCUACUGUGUGCAGAGGCAAAGCCAGGAGGCUCAGGAGUCUCUGUCUGCAAUUUAGAGUUCAAUCUGGACAAGCUGCAUCAGGCCAGCUUGCUGCCCCGGCCCCUUCCAUCCUUACUGAUUGGCAGGAAGACUAGCUACUUGUACCUCCCACCUAGAGUCUUUGGUGUGGCCACUGCCACCCUUGUAAGACACCUACUGCUCUAGAAGCCUAAAGCACCGUCUCACUUCCCCCAGCCUCUGAGGGUGUGAUCCUCAGAUAAGGUGCAGAAGUGGGACCAAGUCCUCACCCAACUGAGAGAGACCUUCUGGUAACUCAAGUAUUCAGAGGGAAUGUUGAACAACCCCCCAGGGUCCUGACGCUACUGGAAAUGCUCAGGCUGCGACUUUGCCACCAGCACCUCUGAGCGGAUGGACAAGGCUGUCCCCAAGGACUGGGGAAUCACCAAUUUCCAAGUGUCUUCAUCUUACCACGGGAGGGUGACCCAGCACGCUGGUGCGGCCUUCUCAGAAGGGCCCUCUUUCUCCCCAGACGUCUACCAGUUCCGAGAUGGAUAAGGGAGGGAGGAAACUACAGCAGAAGCGAGAGCAGUGACAGACUGUGCCAAGUGCCUGCUCUCCUCAGCUUAAGGACUCUGGAUCCUGGAGCAAAUUCAACAAAGCAACAGGGCUUGGUGGUCCUCUCAUACACAGCUGAACCGGUGCCCAUAUGCCCUUUGCAGGGAAGUAAGUGUUCCCAGCAAUGUAACCUGGAGUCCUCCACCCUUGAGCCUCUCGCCUGUGACUUAGGUAGAUGUCACUCAGGAUGGUCACAUGUUCUCCUCCCCCACUUGGGUUGCAGAGAUCAG